ACACCAUGGCUAUCAUAUCGGAUAGCCAGUGUCUCAACGGAAAUAUCACUGGAUAUCACAUAUGAUAACCAUGGCAGUCAAAGUGUUAAUGGGGUUCUUAACUGUAAAUGUGUGAAGCCAUAUUCAGGAAAGGUUUGUGAAAAAGAUCCAUGCAAUCCAAAUCCUUGCAUGAACGAUGGGAAAUGUAAUGUGACCAACACCGGAUAUAAAUGCUCCUGUAAAUCCCCAUACUCAGGAAGCAAAUGCGAAAAAGAUCUUUGCAAGGAUAAGCCAUGCCAAAAUGGUGGGACAUGUGAGACUAUUAAUGGAGUUCUUAACUGUAAAUGUGUGAAGUCAUAUUCAGGAAAAUUUUGUGAAAAAGAUCCAUGCAAUCCAAAUCCUUGCAUGAACGAUGGAAAAUGUAGUGUGAUCAACACCGGAUAUAAAUGCUCCUGUAAAUCCCCAUACUCAGGAAGCAAAUGCGAAAAAGAUCUUUGCAAGGAGAAGCCAUGCCAAAAUGGUGGGACAUGUGAGACUAUUAAUGGAGUUCUUAACUGUAAAUGUGUGAAGCCAUAUUCAGGAAAAGUUUGUGAAAAAGAUCCAUGCAAUCCAAAUCCUUGCAUGAACGAUGGGAAAUGUAAUGUGACCAACACCGGAUAUAAAUGCUCCUGUAAAUCCCCAUACUCAGGAAGCAAAUGCGAAAAAGAUCUUUGCAAGGAGAAGCCAUGCCAAAAUGGUGGGACAUGUGAGACUAUUAAUGGAGUUCUUAACUGUAAAUGUGUGAAGCCAUAUUCAGGAAACUUUUGUGAAAAAGACCCAUGCAAUCCAAAUCCUUGUAAGAAUUAUGGGAAAUGUAACAUGAUAAGCACCGGAUAUAACUGCUCCUGUAAAUCUCCAUAUUCAGGGAAAAACUGCGAAAAUGAUCUUUGCAAGACGAAUCCGUGCCAAAAUGGUGGUACAUGUGAAACUGUUAAUGGAGUCCUUAAAUGUAACUGUGUGAAACCAUAUGAAGGAACGUUUUGCGAAAGAGAUCCCUGUGUACCGAAUCCAUGUAAAAAUGACGGUAAAUGUAACUUAACCACCACCGGAUAUAACUGUUCCUGUAAAUCUCCAUAUUCCGGAGAAAGCUGCGAAAAGAAUCUCUGUGAACCAAAUCCCUGCCAGAAGGGUGGAAAAUGCGAAACAGUUAAUGGAAUCCUUAAAUGCAAAUGCAGGAAACCAUAUUCAGGAGAGUUUUGUGAGAGAGAUCCCUGCAGUUCAAAUCCAUGUAGAAGAAGGCACGUGCACAGUGAAAGAACUUGAUUUUUCUUGCGACUGUAAAAUCCAUUUACUGGAAAGAAAUGCGAAAUAGAUGAAU